CAGCUUCCUUGGGGAGGGGCGGGGGAAGGGGGAGAAGAGGAAGUGCCUCUGAAACCAGAAGGCAAAGAUUCAAGAUGAUUUGGUUAUGGUACAACAGAGUACAGCAAGUCCAAAAUAGCUUUGGAUUGAUGUUCAAAAAAAGUUGUGCCUCUAAGAAAACCCUUCCAGUUCUGACCCUGUUUACAAAGGAUCCGUGUCCUCUUUGUGAUGAAGCAAAAGAAGUCCUCAAGCCAUUAAAAAACAGGGUAAUAUAUGUACAUAUAAAAUAUAGUAUAGUUUUAAUGUGUACCCUAUGUGAAUUUUUCUUUGAGAAGGGAUAUGAAACAAUUCCCCCCCUCAUUUUCUGUUAUUUUUUACAUAUUUUAAUACUGAUUUUCAUAAAAUUCAUUUCAUUUAAGAAUACAAAUUUUUCUGUCCUAUGACUCUUGGUAUUAAAAAUAAGCUAAAGUACACAGAGAGGAGACAGUGUUAAUAUUUUUUAAAAGCCUAAAACCUUCUUCCCUUGAUGUUUCUAUGUGAUAGAUUUUCACUUUUCCUGAAUUUACAUUCAGAAACACUUCUGAACUGGUUUUCAGAGGAUAAUCUAUUCAGGGCAUAUUUUGUUCUAACAGGAAACCAUGAGCCGUGCUGAUGAAUGUAGAACAAAUGAACCAGAAAUAUAACUGGUUCAGGGUGAAAUUGAUCUAAAUGUGAAGAUGAAGGACAUUGACCAAAACUAUGAUCCAGAGAAACCACUUGGCCUUAGAUGUAUGCCGAUUGGUAGUAGCUGGUUUUCAUUCAGUAGCCAUAAAGAUCAUUCUUUGUAAUUUUCUAUUUUUAUUUC